UGUCAAGUUUGUUUUUUUAUCGUAAAAUAUUGAAUAGUUUUGUUUGCAUACGAAAAAUUUUUCAGAAGUUUACAAAUCCCUUCGUAAGGCAGAUGAACUAUAAAUGCAUAUUUUGUACCCGACAUGCGAAAUUUUAUGAUAAAUAUGAGAAGUUUUGUGCAUUUUAAUUAUAUGGUAUAUUAUAGCCGGUACGAAGCUUAAAUUGAAGUGGGUGUGCUGUAAUUUGGUGCUUAUUUUAUGGCUCAUAUUUGUUAUUUAUAUCAUCAAUAUGCAAACAAAAAAGUGAAAUAAAACUUGUAUAUAUGUGAGUCUAUAUACUGAUUAGAUUUUGUAUCACCAAUAAUGCAUCUUAAGUUACUUGUGUCAAGAAUUUAGGAUGGGGAAUAAAACAAGUUGUUGCUCUUAUACAAGUCCCCAAGCUAGUCACAGGGUAAUCAUUCCAAUAGAUCAUACUUUAACAGAAGGAGAAAGUAGUGCUUCAAAUUUACAACAUAUUAGUGAACGUGAAACUGAUGAUGGAGAUGCAGAUCCCUCUCAAGAUCCUACAGCAAAGACAAUUUUUAUUGAGCGAUCAAAAACUGCAAUAGAAAAUGGUAUGAUAAGAAGGAAAAGUCAGCAUCAAAUUGCUGACUUGAGACCUCUCAAAAAAAGCAGCUCAUGUUCCACUAUAUAUUUAGAUGACAGCACAGUUUCACAGCCUAAUCUUAAGAAUACUGUCAAAUGUGUAGCGUUUGCCAUUUAUUAUCAUAUCAAAAACAGAGAUUCAGAUCGGACAAUUGAUAUAUUUGAUGAAAAAUUGCAUCCAUUGACGAGAGAUGGGGUUAGUGAUGAUUAUGAUAGGCAUAAUCCCGAACAUCGCCAGAUAUAUAAGUUUGUUCGAGUUCUAUUCAAUGCAGCUCAGCUUACUGCAGAAUGUGCCAUCAUUACAUUGGUUUACUUAGAAAGGUUAUUAACUUAUGCUGAGCUUGAUAUACAACCAUCUAAUUGGAAAAGAAUAGUUUUAGGUGCAAUUCUAUUAGCUUCUAAAGUAUGGGAUGAUCAAGCAGUUUGGAAUGUAGAUUAUUGUCAAAUCUUGAAAGAAAUCACAGUUGAGGAUAUGAAUGAAUUAGAACGUCAAUUUUUGGAGCUUUUACAGUUCAAUAUAAAUGUACCAUCUAGUGUCUAUGCCAAAUACUAUUUUGAUCUUCGUACACUUGCUGAAGCAAAUGACCUUACAUUCCCAAGUGAACCUUUGAGUAAAGACCGAGCUCAAAAGCUAGAAGCAAUGUCCAGAGUAAUGGAGGAUAAAUACACAGCAGAAGCUUUGAAGAAUGGCCUAAAGAAAUGGUCGAGCUUGGAUAAUAUAUCCAAUGGUGGUAUACCAUCUCGAAGGAGUGUUGCUAUUUUAUCAUGAUCUAUAGAGUAGUAAAUUCAGCUGUGCUGUCAAUUUAACUUCUUUUUUACAUUUAUAGAAUAACUAUAACUUCUAUGGACCUAAAUAAAUUUACAGAAACACAACAUUGUAAGAAAAGUAAUUAAAGUACAUAUAUACUUCGUUAGUUUUGAUAGUUUGAAAUUUUCAAAAGUAUUUCCUGAAUGUGUAGCUAUAAUUUGUUCUUACUUUACAAAGAGUAUUGCAAAAUUAAUGGUGAACAUAACUCUAUUGCAUUAUCUCAUCUUUAUCGCCUUUUUCAAUACUUUUAUUGAAUUAAUUUUGUUAAUUUCCAAAAAAAUGUUUUACUGUCUAAAUUUUAAAAAUUAUAAAAAAAUUUAUAUUUAUGUGAGCAUCUUGGCACAAUUGAAAGGAUCAUUAUGUGUUAUUUUGGAUAAUAACUUUUUUUUGAAUUGUGCAAUAUUCUAUUCCUUUCUCAGAUAAGGUUGUAAGUACUAGUCACUUUGUUUUCAGGAAAUGUUAUCACUUUUUUUUUCAUAACAAGGUUUAAACCUUAGAUUUAUUAUCAUGCUGCUAUACCUUGGUAUAUACAAAUCAAACCUAUGAGAUAUUUUAAGAGGAUAUGUAUAUUAUAUAAUGGAGCACAAAUUAUAUGAUUAUUUAAUUUUUCUAAUUUUCUAUUUUUUGCUGUAUCAUGAAGAACAUUUUAAUUCUCAUCAUGUGUAACAUAUGCUCUAUAAAAGCGAGCAAAGAAAAAUUACACAUAAAAUUUUUUACUAUACAAUAAUGACUCAAUUGUUUUCAUUUUCCAAAUUCACUUUGGAAAAGAGGAAAUUUCAAAUUAUAUUCCUUGGGAACAAAAGUCUUUUGGAUUAUUUUAUUGUUACAAUAAUCGAAGGCAAUAAUCUUGUCCUCUCAGUGAUUUCAUAUAAUUUAUUUUGUGUCCUGCAUUUCCUGACAUAUUUUUAGGUAUUAUAAAGCACUAGUUAACACAUAUGCAUUAGUUUUCAGUGAUAAUUAGUAUAUUUCUAUUCAUUAGUCAAUAUACUGACAUAUAUUCAAAAUAUUAUUUUCUAGAUUUUCAUCAUUAAUCUUGAAAAGAAAAAGAGAGGAUUGGAAAUAGAUUGAAAAACAUAAUUGUAUAUAUAUCUCCAUUCAUUUUAUAAUUUUAUAUAAGUGAUGAAUCAUUCCAAAAAUAUGAUUUUUAAGCUUUUGCAAUAAAAUUUGAAAGAAU